CUAUUAAGUUUUUCGGAAUAUUGGAUUCUAUCUCAACUUGCCUUACAUAUAAUCUGUUAUUUAUAUUGAUUUUUCUGUCUAGAUAACAUUUAUUAAACUAAAAUAACCUCAAUCACAUCAAUUUAAACACAUUGACUUAUUGUCAUGAAGCCAAUCAAAUAAAACUACGUAACGAUUUCAUUAAUUAACUUCCAUUAAAAACCAUUUAUAGUGUCAACAACAUUGACUGUUUGCAUCUUCGCCAAAAAGUAUUAUAAAUAAAAAAUAAAAUACCAUAAUCUCUUUGAGCAUUGUUAAAAUUUUUGACAAAACAAAUACACGUGAUGCUUGUUAUUAUAAAAUGAUAAAAUAUAAUUUAAUAAUUAAGUAGUUAUUUUGCAAUAAAAGUAUGUGAUACUAUUAAAAAAAAAUGUUUCCCAAAAUGGAUAGAGGAAUUUUUUUCCAAGUGUUUGCUGCAGUUACUGGAAAUUUAAUGGCAAUUUCGGAUGGUAUGACAGUGGGAUGGACGUCACCGAUGAUCCCGUAUUUUCUAAGCGAAAACAGCCAUAUUUCCAUGACCCGUCACCAAGCCGAAUGGUUGGAAACAUGGUACCCCAUUGGAUCAAUGAUAGGAUUACCGUUUACCGUAUUUUUCGUUAAUAAAAUAGGUAGAAAAAAAUCUCUGCUACUCGGUACAUUCGCAAUGCUCAUUCAAUGGAUCCUAAUAUUUGCCGCACCCAGUAUUAACUACAUUUACGCAGCUAGAAUUAUAGGUGGAAUGGCGGGUGAUAUGUCGUUUGUAGCUGCGCCGAGUUACAUAUCAGAAAUAGCUGAUAAAAAUAUUAGAGGAUUUCUUUCAAGUAUUAUCUUUUUAUUACAAAUGGUCGGAGUGAUAGCUAUUUACGUGAUUGGAGCAUAUUUGCCUUUUUAUGCUGCAUCGCUGACUGCCGGAAUUUUACUUACUAUCGAACUUAUUUUAUUCUCGUUCCUACCAGAAACGCCGUAUUAUCUUCUAUCUAAAGACAAUCGCGAAGAAGCUAAAAAAUCUUUAAUUAAAUUUCGAGCUACAGCAUCUGUAGACAGUGAACUAGAUGAAAUACAUGUAGCUAUAGAAAAACAGAAGCUGGAGAAAGGGAAACUAACUGAUAUAUUUUUAGUAAAAGGCUACAGGAAAGCUAUAUUAAUUAUUGUUGUGCUGGAUAUAGCGCAACAAAUUGGUGCUAUAAAUGUAGUUUUAAUGAACUUACAUAUAAUUCUAGAAGAAGCUGGUUCUAUCUAUAUUAACCCUUCUAAAGCAGCAGUUCUAUUUUCUGGGUUACUAUUUAUGGCGGCAGUCGCUAGUUCUGUAGUUGUUGACAAAUUCGGGCGUAGGAAAUUAUUAAUAGUAUCUAAUAUAUUAACAAUGCUUUGUCUUCUUAUUAUCGGUAUUUAUUUUAGUAUCAAAAAUGGAGGGUAUGAAUACGAAAAAUUCAGCUGGCUUCCAGUCGUUUGCGUAAUGAUUUACGCAGUAGUGUAUAAAAUUGGGUUAGGAAUGGUUCCUAUUGUAAUAACAGCGGAAAUAUUUGCUUCGAAAAUUAAAGCUUUGGGUAUGUCUAUAGGCAAUACGGUGUAUACAAUAACAGCGAUUGGUGCAAUACAGAUUUUUACUAGGCUAAAAGAUGUUAGCGGGAUGCAAUAUCCGUUUUAUAUUUUCGCUAUAGGUUCUUUGAUUGCUACUGCUGUUGAAAUGUAUUAUAUUCCAGAGACGAAAGGUAAAUCAUUGCAUGAAAUUCAAUUAUUGCUUGAAGGAAAAAAUAAGAACAAAAACGACGAUAAUUUAAAGAACGAAAAGGAGAAGGAAGCUAGCUUCUAAAAAAAUCGUAUAAUACAUAAUUGAGUAAGAAUGUUCGAUAUUAGUGCCCACUUGUAGGUAAAAAAAUUAAUAAAUAAUAAGCGAAUUUUAUAAAUGCUUCAAUGCACCACAUAACAUUACGUAACUAACUUAAAAAUGAACCUUCUUAAAAUAAUUUUGUAGUGCAUUGAAUUACUUAUAGGUGCCACAUUUUUAAUUAUUUAACAACAAGAGGGCGUGAAAAUUUAUGGUUGGGA